CGUCUACCAGCACACAACCCACUUCUCGCAUUCGCCACCACUCGUCCACCAUGUUCACCACGAAGCUCUCCGCGCUCGUCUUCCUCUCCCUCGCGGCGCUGUCGCAGGCGGCCCCCGCCAACGUCCAAAAGCAGAACGCGCUCGACGCGCAGAAGCAGAACUCCCAGUUCGCUGGCCUUGAUGCCAACUCUUCCUGCAACGACGGCGACCAGGCCUGUAUCCAGGGUGCGUUCGCGCAGUGCGUCAACGGCCAGUUCCAGCUCCAGCAGUGCAGCGCCGGCACCACCUGCGUCUCCCUCCCGCUUGUGAAUAAACCUGGAACGUCUGUCGCCUGCGACAGCACCAAGGACGCCGAGGCGCGCAUGCAAGCCGCUGGCGUCUCCGGCGGCAUCACUGGCCAGGGCAAGAGCUCCGGCAAGAGCGUUGACCUCUCGUCCGUGGCUGCCACGGCCACCGCGGCGGCCAGCAGCUCCAACUCUACGGUCGUCGCUACCGACUCGAGUGCUGCCACCGACACUGCUGCGGAUGCUACCGCGACUGCCACCGACACCGCUGCCGACGCUACUGCGACCGCGACCGACACUAGCGUCGAUGCCACCGCUACCGACGCGUCUACUGCGAUCGCUACCGAUAGCAGCGUCGGCGCGACUGCGACCGCCUCCAACGCGACCGCUGUUGCCACCGACAGCGGCGCCGCUGCGACCGCCAGCGUCGUGACUAUCACCGUUACCGUGACUGCUGGCGGCGCCGACGCGAACUCCACCGCUACGGCCACCGACAGCCUUGCUGCCACUGCCACGGACUCGGCCGCUGCUUCCGUGACCGACACGAGCGUCGCGACCGCUACCGACUCCGCCGCGGCGACUGCCACCGACUCCGCCGCGGCGACUGCCACCGAUUCCGCUGCCGCGACCGCCACCGACUCUGCCGCCGCGACAGCGACCGACUCCAGCGCCGCCGCCGCGACAGACUCCGCAGCGAUCACUUCUGCUGCCGCGAGCUCUGCCGCGGUGACGAGCAGCGCAGCUCUGUCAUCCAUCAGCCUCCUCAUCUGAGGGACUCGCGGACGGAGCAAGCUGGGACGGCGGCGGCUGUGCGCUGAUACGGACUACACAUUGGACGAUGCCGGGGCUGCGCGAAUAUUGCUCGGACAUUAUGUAUCGCUGCGCGCUACGGUACUCGACCCUUACGGUUGCCCGUGGUACUAAUAGGGCUCGCGCGCGGCGAGCUGACUGCGCGGCGCUGGGUAGUUCUCUAGAUAUCCAUCUGCGCACCUGUAGCAAUAGCCUUGAAUGAAAACACGAACACCGC